GCAAGCGCGUAAAUCUGUAAAUUAUUAGCUGUGAUCAUUAUACAAAUAUAGACUCUGUACUGUUGCAUUUGUGUUACGCAAUCGAGUCACGUGAUCCACGUGUGGAAUAAAAUAUAUGAAAGCGCGCGGUCCUAAUCUGAGGUGACGACGAAUUCGACGUGAUGAGAACGAACGUGAUAACGUCGCUGACCAAGAGGGUUGCGCCGCAGCUGAAUUAUUUAUCUCGUUAUCGGUCCACGGCAAGCACAUGCACCACGUACGACCUGGUGAUCGUGGGUGGUGGAAUCGUCGGCUGCGCGACCGCUCGCGAGAUGAUCAUGCGGCAUCCGAACAUGAAAAUGGCCAUUGUGGAGAAGGAGAACGCUCUGGCUAGGCAUCAAACAGGCCACAACAGUGGCGUGGUGCACGCCGGCAUUUAUUACACCCCUGGAAGCAUGAAGGCGAAACUUUGUGUAGAAGGCCUGAAGCUAUCGUACGAGUACUUUUGCAAGAAUAACAUACCUCAUAAGAAGGUCGGCAAGCUGAUUGUCGCCCAGAAUCCGACUCAAGUCAAGAGGAUAGACGAUCUCUUCGAUAGAGGAACGAAAAACAAAGUGCCCGAUUUACAGAUUGUUGAGAAAGACUGCAUUUCGAAAUACGAACCCAAAUGCAAGGGAGAAAAGGCUAUAUGGUCACCAUGGACUGGUAUAGUGGAUUGGGCGGUUGUGUGUAAAUCUUUUGCCGAAGAUUUUCAAAAGAUGGGAGGCGAAAUUUUUCUCAAUUUCGAAGUAAACGGAUUCACGGAGAUGGCGGAAUCGAAAGGGAAGAGUCAACUAGCUCCCAUAUCCGUUCAAUCGAAAAGCAAAUGCAUACCAACGAAAUACGUGCUGACGUGCGCUGGUCUGCAUUCAGAUCGACUGGCGGUGAUGACGGGCUGCGAUUUAAGUCCGCGAAUAGUACCGUUUCGCGGCGAGUACCUUCUGUUAAACGACAACAAACGGCAUCUCUGCACGACCAAUGUGUAUCCGGUGCCCGAUCCCCGAUUCCCAUUCCUGGGCGUGCACUUCACGCCGAGAGUGAACGGCGAUAUCUGGUUGGGUCCUAACGCUGUUCUCGCGUUCGCUAGAGAAGGCUAUAGUUGGUUUGAUAUAAACGUAAGAGACUGCAUAGAGAUGGCAAAAUUCCCUGGUUUAUACAAACUAUGCUUCCGAUACUUCGUACCAGGUUGCAUGGAGAUGAUAAAAUCAAUCUUCUAUCCGUUGGCUGUGAAGGACCUUCAGAAAUUUAUUCCCGAAGUUACAUACAGAGAUGUGAAAAGAGGACCGGCGGGCGUAAGAGCACAGGCACUGGACAAAGACGGCAAGCUGGUCGACGAUUUUGUUUUCGACGGAGGCACUGGUACGAUCGGAAGCAGAGUAUUACACUGCCGGAACGCGCCAUCGCCAGCUGCAACUAGUUCUAUGGCGAUAGCGAAAUUUAUCGCCGACAAACUCGACCGCGACUUCAAAUUUUAAUGUAUGUUGAUGUACAUAGUCGUCUAAUCGCACAAAUGUGAAAUGCGAAACAGAACAAGCAUUUAAAAAGAAGAUUCCCAAAGAGACUUUCUACGUGUCAUAUAAUUUUGUAUUAAGCAAUUAUCUCGAAAAAUAUAUAUCUGUAUAUUAUACCUUUUUUUAUACAUUAAUGUUUUAGUCGUUAUAGCAGUAAAUAUUUAAGAAACAACUUGUAAUAAGAUAAUAGCAAAAAAGAUCAUUAUAUACAAAAUUCUAUGCUCUUCUAACUUUUUAGCAUUAAUUAAAGUGCCUUAAAAAAAUGUGCUCUGCUACAAAUAUUGAUAAAUAUAUCUGGCAUUAAUAUCUGUGUAAUGCGUUCAUGCUUCCUAAAAGCUACAAAUUAUAUUUUUGUAUAAACUAUCUAAUAAAUUAUUUUUCAAUACUCGGAUAUAAUACACAAAGAUUUCAGACACGAAUAAUAUGUACAGUAAUAUACAAUAAAGUUGAAAUAUAUGUAACAAU